GAAAAUCCAUAUUUUAAUUUCUAUGCUUUCAUAAAUAGAAAAAAACCGUUACACGAAUAACAUAUAUGAAGAUUUAGAAGAUACUUUGUUUUGGGUUAAUUUGACUUGAGCUGGAAUUAAAUAAAUUGUGCUUCUUUUCAUCUCUUUUCGGAUUGAAUUCAUGUUAUUCUUUACUUCUUAUGUUUGUCUUCUCUCGUCUGUUAAUAUUUACAAUAGUAAGAAAUGGAUCCGCAUGUUCGGAAUACAGAUUACUAAAGAUUACUUAAAUAAUCUGUCGGAAUCGUAACUCAACUCAACUCAUGUUUAAACCGUAACCGAGUUUCAAGCAGAAAAUCCACAAAAUUCAACAUGUUCAAAACUGCUCUCUUUUGAGUUUCAUUUAUGAAGUUAAUGCUUUACAAAUCCCAAAUAAUAUUUUUAAACGACCUCAUUAAGCAUCGCAUACUCGUUCAGUUCAGGUUUGUAACCUUGCAAGCGGCGCAGAGUCCAGCGAAGAGGCUCCGAAUCGGACACCAACUUCAGCGACGCACGGACCUGUGAGGAACUGACGCCUCGGCGUUGAAGGUUUAAUUUAGCUCCGAUGUCUCUCCUGCUCGCUGCAGUCUCUCUACCCUCCGAUGUAACGACUGUUUUUACUCUAUCAUAGGGAGGGAAAUAGUUUUAUUUCCCUUAGCUCUGCAUUAAUGUUACGGGUCGCUUCUUCCCUCCUGCCAGUGUUUUUCUUCUUCUUCUUCUCCUUCCUGCAUAUAGAUGUAUUUGGUGCGUCUUGUUUCCUCCUCCAGUAACGCAUGUCUGUGUGCCGCCCGCUUCCCUGCGCUCUCAAUAGAUGGUGCAAGUCAAAAUGUCCAAAUCGCCCGUAGACCCUCUGUCUGCUGUGGAAACCGGCUCUCAGUCGCAUUAUUUCCAGCUGCCCAGGAAGUUGCCUAAACGUAAGAGUCGCUUCAAACGCUCAGAUGGCAGCACGUCCUCAGACACGACGUCCAGCUUCAUCAAACGACAGGGGUCGGCUGAUUCGUAUACCAGUAGACCGUCGGAUUCAGACCUGUCAGCCGAGGAGGACCGCGAGGCGUAUCGGCGUGAAGCCGAACGCCAGGCACAGCAGCAGCUCGACAGAGCUAAGUCCAAACCUGUAGCGUUUGCCGUAAAGACAAAUGUGAGUUACUGCGGAGCUCUGGAUGAGGACUGUCCUGUCCAAGGAGCUGCAGUUAAUUUUGAUGCCAAAGACUUCCUGCACAUCAAAGAAAAGUACAACAAUGACUGGUGGAUCGGGCGGUUAGUGAAAGAAGGAGCGGACAUCGCCUUCAUCCCCAGCCCUCUGCGACUGGAGGCCAUGAGGCUCAAACAGGAGCAGAAACAGAGGAAAACAGGAGGCAACUCCUCGAGUUUAGGGGACAUGGUGUCCGGAAGCUGGAGGACCACACCGCCAUCUGCAGGUGAAUCUAAACAGAAGCAAAAACAGGAACAUGUCCCUCCCUAUGACGUGGUGCCCUCUAUGAGGCCGGUGGUCCUGGUGGGACCAUCACUGAAGGGCUAUGAGGUGACAGACAUGAUGCAGAAAGCUCUGUUUGACUUUCUGAAACACAGAUUUGAAGGAAGGAUCUCCAUCACCCGUGUAACUGCCGACCUGUCCUUAGCAAAGAGAUCCGUCCUGAACAAAAGACCCAUCAUGGAGAGAUCCAACACCCGCUCCAGUCUCGCGGAGGUUCAGAGUGAGAUUGAGAGGAUAUUUGAGCUCGCCAAAACCCUGCAGCUGGUGGUUCUGGACGCUGACACCAUCAACCACCCCGCACAGCUCGCUAAAACUUCCCUCGCUCCCAUCAUCGUCUACGUGAAAGUUUCCUCGCCAAAGGUGCUGCAGAGGCUGGUCAAGUCCAGGGGGAAGUCUCAGAGCAAGCACCUGAAUGUGCAGAUGAUGGCUGCAGACAAACUCUCUCAGUGCCCCCCUGAUAUGUUUGAUGUCAUUUUGGAUGAGAACCAGCUAGAGGAUGCUUGCGAGCAUUUGGCCGAAUACCUGGAGGUCUACUGGCGCGCCACUCACCUGCCAGGAAACACGCCUCUGAACCCGCUGCUGGAGCAGAGCCUGAUGACCCCGCCCUCCGCCAUCUCCAGCCUGCAGAACAAGAACCAGACUCAGCCGCGGGACGCAGUGGGCUUGGAGGGUGAGGAGGAGGAGGAAGCUGGUGAGGAAGCCCACUCUCCGCUGGAGCAGGACAGUCUCAUGCCAUCUGAUGAGGCCAGCGACUCGCUGUCCCGGGGCCGCAGGGGGAGCCCAUGCCACACGGGGGUCGAGGAGGAUGAAGAGGAGGAAGAGGAAGAAGAAGAAGAGGAAGAGGAAGAGGAUGGUUGCGCCUCCCCCUGUCAUGGCCGCUCAUAUAGGGACAGGUACCCCUCCCACCGAGGGCAUCCGGGCAGCGACCACAGCGCCAACGGGCACGAAUCACAGGACAGGCUGCUCCAGCGCGAAGCCCAGCAGGGCCACAACCAGAGGAACAACCGCCAGCGCAGCCGCCCCUGGCCCCGAGACAACUACUAGGACCAGCGCCCCCUUCUGGCCUCGAGGUCGCCAACACGGCUCCCCUCCUCCCUGAGCCCCCCGGCUGAUGCACAGAUCCAAACACAUUCAAAAAAAAAAAAAAAAAAACACGUAUCAAAAGUCCAACUCUUUGCUUUACAGUCAGUUAUUGUGAAUGGGUAAUCUAGUUCUUAUUCCUCCAGGUUCCUAUUUUCUGUAAACCGAGAUGAAUGCUCGUCUCUCUGGGGUCAAGCAGUUCCAGUUAAAUUCAUCAGGGCUAUCCACCUCUGCAACAGAAAGGUUUCAGGCUACCAGCUGAAUGCAGACUCAGACGUUAGCUGCUUUGCCUAAAGGUUUCUCUAUUGUAGGAUGUCGCAUAUACUGGCCUUAAAAUUCCUAAGACUUAACUAUCUUUAUUAUUGCAUGUAUAAUUAUUUCAAGACGAUUUGCACAUUACGGCAGUACAGGAAGUGAAUGAUCUUUAUGGAAUAAACUAAUGUAGGAAUGUCCCGUGUUUUAUCCAUUUAGGGUUAAUUGUAAUGCAUUUGAAUACAAUGUAUAUACUGAAUGGCCACCUGGUUUUGUUUCAUUGCUACUUUCUUUGUCUGAUUUUUGUGGCUAUGGGCAGAUAUUUCUUGCCAUCCAUUUGUACACGAAUCACCUCAUAUGUCACCAACAGUGCAGUACGUUCUGGACAUCCCUUGUCUUUGCUGUUGCACAAUCACUGACACCUCUAUUAAUCUAAAAAUGGGCAAACAGAAUGUAAAUACAACCAAGGAAGGGAAUGUUCAGCGUAUUCCAGGGGACAAAUUCUUUGCCAAAACGUUUGUUUACAUCAAUUCAUUCACACAUGUCAAGCACAUGCUGCUGCCCAGCUGCAGCUCCUCUUGAAAUCAAUGCUUCACCGAAUGUAAGCUCGCAUGCCUUUUGCACCUCCAGCACCACCUGGUUUCUCUGACCUGACCAAUCGCAACGUAAUUCGAUUGUAGCACGCUAACUGAUUGUAGCAUCCACACUUCCCGCACGGAUCGCACCCUCUGUGGAAAACAUGGCGUCAUUUCUUUGAACACCGCAGUUUUAAAAGGCUGGUUUUUACCAAGGCGGAUCCUCAGGUGUCAAGUCCUCAACUCCACGUUACAAACUUGUUGGGCUUCGAAAACACUCGUAGCACCCAUGAUGCCGUGUCUGUCCGUUCCUGUGCGGAAGGCCGGGAGAGUCAAAAACCUGUGACUUUUUGAGUGGAACUGCACACCGUACAUGCUGUGUGUUGCAUUGUUUGCAUGUGGAAACAACAUGGAAGCAAUGCAUGGACGACAAAGAUAAUGGGUUUGUGGCCCUACUAGCAUUCCAUAUAAAUACUACUGUAUGGAAAGAACAGAAAAGUAUAUAUAUAUAUUUAUUUAUUUAUUUUUUGUAAUGCUUGGACAUUUUCACAUUGGGCACAAUUUAUUUAUGUACCAAACACACAAGCAACACUUUAAGGGUAAAAAGUCAGAUGUUUGUUGCUGUAUGGAAAGCCAGAAGGGACAAAAACAUUUGACUUUUUUAUUUAAGGCUAUAAGUGUGUUGUUUGUGCAUUGGUAAAUGUUCUAUUCAUAUUGUUCUUGUGUGAAAAUUUUAUGUCAAUUCUUUACAUGCAAACAUUUCACCACAGAUAAGACACAAAUAGUCACAUAUUUUGGCAGUCCUGGCCUUCCUAAAUCCCGCACCAUUUCCAGUCCACAAGCCAACGACUAGUUUGACGUGACACUGACGAGUGACGACCCAUCUCUGUUCCUACACAGGGUCAGUGUUUACUCGUUUACUGCUUCCAUGUGUCAGAGGUAUUUAUCUAGUGUUCUGUAUAUUUAAAAGAGGAAAAAAAAUCAGCAUGGUUUAAAAAAAAAAGAAAAAAAUCUAUGCAAGUGUUGCAUGAAUUUCUGAUUGUUUCUUUUUACGGUUAAGUAUUUCAGUAAUGCAUUAGUUCUGACUUUCCUCGUCGUCUUGUAGUGAUGAUAGUCUUGUCUUUGGGGCUACUCACUCCUCGCUACAGUUACAAACCCCUGAAAAUUUUAUUUCCCCCUCCAAACGCCUCAACAUGAGGAGAUUUUACCACAAUAUUUGCUGGUUGCACUUUUAAAAUCACUCCACAGAAAGGGGGGGAAAAAAGUCCCAGAUCAAGGCUGUGACAAAAUGAAUGAGUCCUGCAUGUCUUAGCUCAACAAUUAGCUACUUUCAUUAUAUUUUGGCGGAGUAUGUUUUUUGAAACGGACCAAUUUAGCAACUGAUAAAAGCAGUUGAGGUUUUUCAAUUUUGAAGCACAAUUUUUACAAGGGUUCUGAUUUAAUUUUCUGUCUUAUUCUGUAUGCAAUAUGAAGCCUAACAUUGAAAAACUCUAAACGCCUUAGACCAUCUGGACUUCCUCUUUUGUGUGAGUAGAAAAAAAAAAUUGCACUACUUUGUUUUUUGGGAUGGUUGCUUUGUAAUGCAAUAACUGCACUAAAUAUAACCAUGUAUCCACCAGACUACCACAGCGUGCUAGCGUGACCCCAACACGCCUCUUCCCUUCUGUUUAUCAAAAGAGACAGAAAAGGUGUAAAGAGUGAGACAUUUCCUGCCUGAAGCUGUAUAGAAUGCUUUCUAUUGGAAAACAGAUUUACGAUGCUAAGUGAAAUAUGACUUAAACUAAAUAAACAUGACAUUUUAUGUACUUUUAA